AUGCUUCUAUUGGCAUGCUUUGUUGGGGCUGUAUGCCUCCUCAUCACCAGAGGCAGGAGAAACUUCUGCUGGCGAAACACCAAGCGCUUGUUUCGAAGCGGUGGUCUCGCUGCCGUGGCUGUUCGAGAUGCUUUAAGGUUCUGCAGUGAUAUCCUCAUUCUAGUGAGGCUUUUACUUGUGCUGAAGGUCAAGGCCGCACGAGUCCGCGGCGUUGACUGGAGUGUAGCAGACAUGUUCGAGGAGAUCCUCUAUCGCCACGGCGACAAACCAGCAAUCGUGGUGGCUGAAACGGGUUCAUCUACCACUUACACUCAGCUCGAUCGAAGGUCAAAUCAGGUCGCCUACUGGGCUCUGAGCCAAGGCCUCCAGAAAGGAGACGUUGUCGCGCUGAUCAUGCCGUCGUGCCCUGACUACGUGGCCAUUUGGCUAGGCAUGGCGAAGGUUGGGGUGUGUACGGCCCUUGUCAACAUCCACACCAAAGGCCCGGCGCUUGCACACGCAGUCCGGAUCGCUCUUGAGCAGUCGAAGUCCCACACCCCGAUCGUGGUGGUGGAUAGAAGCCUUGCCGCACUGAUGGAUCCUGACGUCCUUGAUGCGCUUCCUGAAACGGUGCGUAUCUGCGUGUACGGGGGAGAAGCAGAAGCUGGGGACAUCUCACGAGAUGAUAUGUGGUCACAGAUAGCAACAAUGAGUCAAGGCUCUGUCCCCGAGGGAAGUCGGCGGGGGAUCAUGUGGAACAGCCCAUUGAUUUACAUCUACACCUCAGGCACCACCGGCCUACCCAAGGCUUCCAAAAUCAGCCAUCUGCGUUUCUUCUCCUCAGCUGUCAUGUUCUCCGUAGCGACCAGACUGCGUUCUAACGACAGGGUGUACUGCGCGCUGCCCCUCUACCAUUCCUCCGGCGGCAUGCUGGGCGUGGGUGGAUGCUGGCGUGCUAGGUGUACCCUAGUUGUUCGCAGGCGCUUCAGCGUGCGGCACUUUUCGAGCGACUGCGUGGCGCACCGGUGCAGCGUUGUGCAGUACAUUGGCGAGGUAGCAAGGUACUUGGUGAAUUCGAACGAGACAGAUCUAGACCAGCAGUGCUCCAUCAGGGUUGCCUUCGGGAAUGGUCUAAGCCCUGACGUCUGGCGCCGCUUCCAGCAAAGGUACCACGUCCAGCGCAUUUGUGAGUUUUAUGCAUCCACCGAGGGAAAUGUGGCCAUGGUCAAUACUACAAGCAAAGUAGGGGCUGUGGGCGUUGUUCCGUGGUUUGCCGCAAAGCUCUACCCGACUCUCCUUCUGAAGAUGGACCCCGAGGGAGAGGAGUUGCUGCGAGACAGCCGAGGUCGCUGUGUGCCCUGCCAGCCUGGCGAAGUUGGUCAGCUAGUGGGGCUCAUUAAUGACCACGACCCCGCCCGACGAUUUGAGGGGUAUACCGACUCAAAGGCCUCUGCGAAAAAGAUCGUGCGAGAUGUCAUGCUUCCCGGUGACCUCUACUUCGCAAGUGGCGACUUACUUCGGAAGGACGCGUUUGGAUUCUACUAUUGGGUGGACCGGCUCGGAGACACUUUCAGGUGGAAAGGAGAGAACGUGGCUACAACAGAGGUGGCCCACGUGAUCUGUGGUUUCCCAGGAAUUGCAGAUGUGAAUGUUUACGGGGUUGAAGUCCCCGGGACAGAAGGGCGGGCUGGAAUGGCGGCUAUCGCGUUGAAAGAAUCACGCCAAGCGGAUGAACUCGACUGGAAGAGGUUUUUCCAGCACUUGAACAGGCACCUCCCAAGUUUUGCCCAACCACAAUUCUUGCGGGUUGCGGCGAUCUCGAGCUCGACCUCCCAUAUGACGACAACAUUCAAGCGCAUCAAGACUCAGCUCAGGAAGGAGGGUUUCGAUCCUACAAAUAUUGAAGGAGAAGCCCUGCUACUUCGCGACGGCGUCGACAGGACAUUCGUGCCUCUUUCGAGGCAUUUGUACGAGGCGAUCAGCGAUGGCUCGUUACGCUUGUAGCUUCGUGCGCGUUCUACUGCCGUCCGAUUUAUUUUUUUUUCGUUAGAAAAGCUGCGUGUCAGCUCUGUACUCUACUAAAACUCCGGAGAAUUAGUCGGAGUACGCGUUCGACUCGGUGGCAAGAAGAGCACAGGUAUAUGCUAGGAUGGUUGUGUUUCACCGAGCACGCCGACGCUUUGCCGACGUGGGCAAGCACGCAAGUGUUUGCAAAAGCUAUCGUUUGUGCAUAUAGUCUUGGCAUGGUGUUACGGUGUUGUCGGGCGCACCGUCGCACGACCUAUGACUUCUCAAUCAGGCGCCAUGCCCACUGCAGUAAGAUUUUCUCAACCUUGCGUACUUUUAGCCUCUAGGGAAUAGUACCCUUCACGAAGUGGACCAAAUAAACCUGCAAGCAUGCUAUUAUAGGCUGACAUUCAAACGGCUGGUCCCACGAAAAGAGUAAGGGUUGUGUGUGCGUACAUCGCAUUCCACACUAAACGAAUACAAGAGCCUCCC